AUGGUCAUCAUUGCACGGAUUCGUACCAAACUCAGUAUGAAAAUAGGACUUGCCAUUGUAUUCGGUAUGCGAGUGCUUGUUAUUGCUGCCAUCACGGUGCAUAUCACUACCCUCAAUGCAUCCUUCGCAGCUAACGACAGCACGUACGAACCCUGGAUUGCAACCAUUGCAAGUCAAGUAGCUAUUUGCAUGAGCAAUGUCACCGCAUGCUCCCCCCAAUUCAAACCGUUCCUCGAGAGCCUCCAGUCAUCAGGAAUGCGAUUAGAUACGCUGACGAUUAAAACAAGCCCCCAAACAGGGAACAACACCAGCGUCUCACAUAUCGGAUCCAGAGGAAUUUCCUUCGCCCUACGCAGCAUUACAGGGCGUGGAAAACGAAACGAGAAUAUGCCUUAUGUUAAGACUGUCGUGACCGCAGACCCGAAUGCUAUGCCGGAUUGGGAUGGAAGCAGCCAAACUAGUCAAUCACGGAUUAUUAGGGAAACGAGGACUUGGACGGUGGUUGAGGAACGUCUUGAGGAUCGUCGACAUGCUUAUUUUGCAGAGCCGGAAGAAUCUGCUUGA